AUGUUGACUCCCGCGACAACAGCAACGCGCCUUGGUGUUUUAGGCACUCGUGCCCUCAAAUUGCAGGUCGCAUUCACGAGAGGGGCAACUUGCCAAUAUUCUUCACUAGCAUCUCGACAAUGCACCAUUCGUAGCACCAAGUCGAUUCCUUCCAUCGCAACUCGAACAGCCGCUAGAAAGCCCGCACGCAGCAUACAGUGCCAAGCUGUUACCCGUCGCCAUGCUUCCACUACGGCCUCUGUGGCAGAAGCUGCCUCAGAAUCUUCUACUCCAGCUCUCGAUUGGAAUACCUUUUUCAUCUUGCGCAAAACGCGGCGCCGCUUCCAGCUCGCCAGCGGUAUUUUAACAAUGGCAAUAGGUGGUACGGCAGGUGCUAUCCUGCUUGUAAAUAUGGAUAUGGACUGGCUAUUGACCAAGGUCCCAAUGGACCCUUUUUUUGCGCUGGGUAUAGUGACUCUGAGCUUCGCGGGGCUAGGGUGGUUGGCCGGUCCGAGCGUGGGCUCUGCGCUGUUCUACACGUUCAAGAAGGGUGUCAAGAAGCCGAUGGCAAUUAAAGAGUCUGAAUUCUUUGCGCGCAUCAAGAAGAACCGAGUAGAUCCUAGCAACAGCUCAUUGAGUGGUAACGCCGUCCCUGAUUUCUACGGCGAAAAGAUUUCGAGCGUGGCAGGUUACAGACAAUGGUUAAAAGACCAAAGGGCAUUCAACAAGAAGCGAACAAGCUUCGUCUGA